GUACCUUAGGGCGAGUACUGGUUAAUCAUCCAGCAGCGCUCAUUGCACAUUAAUCAUGAAAACUCUAAUCAUUCUCACAGCACUCUGCACCUUAGUGUUGGCAGACCCAGGCUACUUAGUGGCCUACAGUCACCUAGGUUAUCCUUUGGCCUAUGAUGGGCGAGUUUUGGACACUCCUGAGGUGGCACAAGCGAAAGCAGCUCACCUUGCGACACAGGCUUACGAAGCAGCUAGGAACACAUUAGGUUACGUACAUGUGCCAGCCCUGUUCCGUGUUUAUCCACCUGCAAUUACGUCUGGCGCACCCAUAGGCGCCGAUGGUCGGGUCGUUGAUACACCAGAGGUUGCGGAAGCGAAGGCUGCUCAUCUUACUGCUCACGCCUUGGAGACUGCUAAAAAAUUAGGACUGCAUCCAUAUGGCGCUCUCGCUUAUACUUCAGCACCUUAUGCUUAUGGAUUUGGGUAUGGUGCACCCCUUGGUCCUGAUGGUAGGGUGGUGGACACACCAGAAGUUGCAAAAGCCAAAGCAGCACAUUUGGCCGCGCAUGCUCAAGAGGCCGCGAAAAAUGCAGGAAAAUUUUGA